AUGCAUUUACCAGAAAAAGUCGUCGCUGGUACACAUAAUACUGAAUUAGAAUUUAAACGUCGUUUAAAAAUUUAUAAUGAACUUGGAGAUGAUACACAUCCAGCAAAAUUUUUCGAAGAUGCUGAUCGACCAGGCGAAACAAUUAAAAUUGAUGAUGAUCGAAGUAUAAAUCAUCGAAAUAUAGUUGAAAAAAUAAUGGAACGUGUUAAAGAACCUCAUAAUUAUGGUCCAACACCUGAAGAACAAGAACAUGCAAAACGUAGAGAAUUAAAUGAAAAAGAAAAACAUGAACGGGAAGAACGCGAGGAACGUGAAAGAGAUGAACAAGAAGCAGCUAAUGAUCGAAUGAAAAAACAAAAAGAAUGGACAGCAAAAUUAGAACAAAUAAAACGUGAAGAAUUUGAUAUGCUUGAUGCACAAUCAACACCAUUGAGAAAUUAUCUUAUGGCACAUGUUAUGCCAACAUUAACAAAAGCAUUAAUUGAAUGUUGUCAAGUACGACCUGAAGAUCCAGUUGAUUUUGUGGUUCGUAUUUUUCUUUCUUUUUUUUAGGAUGCUGACGAUUCAUCGAUAUUACCCACUGAAAUACGUAAAGUACCAAAAAGUAUAGAAGAAAUUGUACGAAUAACAAAAUUUAGUAAAUCAGAAAUACGAUUACUUUAUAAAGGUUUUAAACAGGAAUGUCCAAAGGGUGCCGUUACUCAACGAGAAUUUCAAACAAUUUAUUCACAUUUUUUUCCUCAUGGCAAUUGUCAAAAUUAUACAAGUUUUUUAUUUCGUGUUUUAGAUAGACGGAAACGAAUGUAUUUUACAUUUGAAGAUUAUAUCCAAACGUUAUCAAUUUUGGUGCGUGGGAGUAUCAAGGAAAAACUUCAUUGGAUCUUUCGUUUCUAUGAUAUUUAUGAUGAUGGUAAAUUAACAAAACAAACAUUUGAAACGAUUGUUCGUUCAUUAUAUAAUCUUCUUGGACCAAAUAUUUUUAUUCAUCAACCAGUUACUGAAGAAACAAUUCGAAAACAUUCAACUGUUUUAUUUGAAAAAAUUGAUCUUCAUCAUUCUGGAAGUAUUAGUUUAGAUGAUUUUAUAAAAUAUUGUUUACGUAACGAACAAUUAAUAAACGAAAUUGAUUUACUAUCGUCAACUGCUGUUUAA